ACCUCUCCAACUCCUGCGGCUGGCGAUUUGUUAUCUCUUCCCAAAGUUCCUCCUGCGGACCAAGCCCCGACGGAAUAUCUCCCAAAAAUCAUGAGGGAAGACAAGUCAACCACUUCUCGAAAGCUGAGGCCUUCUCGCCCCAUCAAGUUCACCUUGUUCCCAAAGCUGCCUCCAGAGUUGAGAGACAGGGUCUGGAAGUUCGCAGUUCCCGGUCCCAGAAUCGUCACAGUCGAUGCGGGAAACUCCAUCAUCAGAGCCACUACGACAUUAAGCAGCGAUCGCAUUGACACAUUCCGCAUCAAAUACAAAUACAAAUUUAAGCUUGGUUUCUCUGGCGAGAAUGAGGAUCCCGGAAUGCUCCGAGCUUGCAAAGAGUCUCGUCAUGUCGCGAUUAAGAUGCUUCCCAUUCGACUUCCCUCGAGAGACCCGAAGAAAGAAAUCCGACUCGGACUCCAUGAUGUCCUCGCUGUUCAAAAUCUCGAGCGUUUUUUGGAGGACAUGUGUAUUGCUCACAGCCACGGAUUCAACAUUCAUCCCUCAAUCAGCCAAAUCCCCGCCCUGGUGAUCUUCUCACAUUCUUCUUUCGGUGAUGAUCUGGAAAAUUUUAUGGAUCUUGUGGAGCGUGAUGCUAUUUUUCAAGACUCUCUUCAGGUUUUGAAAAGCUUACAGACCCUGGUGUUCUGUUGCGAGAGGCGCAACCGCUCGGCUUCAGUUAAAAAAGAUUGCUUCCUCAACUAUGCAACCAAUUUCGAUCCCAGCGCACUGAACUCGCCGCAGUCUCGCUUAUUGAUGGCAGCAAUAUCUUCUCAGCUGUUGUACAAAGAGCUGAUGAAUGACUGGAAGCUUAAGAAUGAGCAUGUCGACCUGAAGAUCCCUGAAACCAAGAUCAUGGCGAAAGGCUGGCCUGCUAAACGGAUCUGA